UCUCUUGGCCGCCAUGUUCCCGCGCAUGCAGUGGCAAUGCAGGUCGGUCCUUCAGUCAGUCGACUCGUUGCAGCCACGAAGGCAACAUCCAUAGCUCCACGUUAACAGCAGAAUCAUGUCAUGGUUGCUUCAAUGUGGUCUGGUGCUGGGCGCUGUCCUUCUCAGUCUGGUUGCAGCACUUCGCUUAUUCGCAUACUUCACACUUGGCAUAUGCCGCAGCACUGCCAGCAUGAAGGGACGUACAGUCAUCAUUACUGGAGCCAACUCAGGUAUUGGUAAAGAGACAGCCCAUGAUCUUGCCAGGAGGGGAGCCAAAGUCAUCAUGGCCUGUAGAAACUUGGAAACCGCACACAAAGCAAGGGAUGAGAUUGUUCAGAGCACAGGGAACCAAGAAGUGGUCGUGAUGAAGUUAGAUUUAAGUUCUCUCAAAUCAGUCCGUGACUUUGCUGAUGACAUCAAUAACACAGUGACUAAACUCGAUGUCCUAGUGCACAAUGCAGGGACAGCACACAUGUUUGGGUCCAAGACCACCGAAGAUGGGUUAGAAAUGACAAUGGCAACUAAUCACUUCGGCCCAUUCCUCUUGACACACCUUCUUAUUGGUUUGCUGAAGCGGUCUGCACCAAGCCGUAUUGUCAUAGUGGGCUCAGAGCUGUACCGUCUUGCCUAUCUAAACCUAAAUAACCUCAAUCCUGUAGAUGGCUUUCCUGCUUAUCUGUACUAUGUAUCCAAGUAUGCCAACAUUGUAUUUGCACAAGAGCUGGCCAGGAGACUUGAAGGCAGUGGAGUAACUGUGAACUGCCUGCAUCCUGGUAUGAUUGAUUCUGGAAUAUGGAGGAAUGUUCCAUUUCCACUAAAUCUUCCAUUAAAAAUUCUAAUCAAAGGCUUCUUUAAGUCUCCAGCAGAAGGUGCCCAGACAACAAUCUACCUUUCUGUGUCUGAAGAUGUGGAAGGCAUAUCAGGAAAAUAUUUCAUUGACUGCAAGGAAUACUUUCUGUCACAUGGAGCCAAGGAUCCUGCUACAGCAAAAAAACUGUGGGAACUGAGUGAAACGUUCGUUGGUUUGAAGCUGAAUGACCCACACAUAUGAGUUCAUUUUGUGUAAACUGGAAGAUUGCAAAUGGGCACAGAUAUCAAAAGUGUGUGUGUGUGUGUGUGUGUGUGUCUAAGGGAUUCUCGAAGAGGAUGAGUCAGAUAAAGCAAUUACAUGAAUUCAUUUAUACAAAGAAUGUUUUUGAGUUUGUUAUGGCUACUAUAAGAAUAGAACUUAAAAGGUAGUUUAAUUUGUAAAGAGAAGGAGCAUUAGCUCAAUCAUGUGUCCAGUUUAAUCAUUUUAUAAACUACAAUCUACUGAUAGAAAUGUAUGUAACCCACGAAAACAUAACAGACAGACAUAAAAAACAGGUUCCACAGACUGUAGAUGCUAAUCAAAUUAAGGAACAACUCAUCACAGUCUAAAGAUAUCUAGAAAUAUAACACAUUUACAGAACAAAACACAGUGCAAUAACAAAUACCACACACCAUCUUCAGGACUGUUACAAUUCUUGGCCCCUUUACCAGUCCUGCACAGGAAGAAGUUAAUACUGCAAAAGCAGGGAAAGAGAUGAGAUGUAAAGAAAUGCUGAAGAUUAACCUGGAAUUUCAAUUCAAAUACAAAUAUGUUGGUGUGUGGCAUUUAAAAAACAUGAAUUUAAUUAAUGUUAAAUAACUCAAAGAGUACGAGAUAAAAAUUUUCACAGCAGUGAAUCAACAGGCGAUUACUGAUAUUUUGGUAAUUUGCUUGAAUCCUCAAUGCAGGAAUAAAACAUUUUGUUUUUACAGUGAGACGUUAACAAAUGAUUAGUAAUAGAGAAAUAUCAAUAUAUCAAAAUUGAUUAUUUAUAAAUGGCAAAGGUACAAUAUGAAUAAUAUCCAGGGAGUGGAAAAAUCAAUUCUGAAACAGAUCCUUGUAGCUAAAGAGGCCCAAAUGUAGGUUAUGUGUAAAAAUGUUCAUGAUGAUGACUUGCAAUUAAAAAUUAGUUGUCCUAGACUCAUAAGGCUAACUGUAAUAAAAAUAUGAUGGGAAUUGAACCUGGGCUGUCCAGCCUGUAGACCAUCAAUAUACCGACUGAACUAUCGUGACUUCUACUCAACUGAAAAUCACAUUCUAGUAAAUUUUUCCCUUAUUCUGGUUACUUUUCUGAGCAGACCUAAUGAAUCACAGUUAUCCUUCAUAAAUAACAUCAAUGUAAAAAGAAUGUCAAUGAAUACAUCUUUAUACACUAAA